GGAUUUUAAAAGACAGCGAGGAAAGGCAGUGACUACAUUCCCAUUAUUUCUUCUUCAGAGAGCUGCACAGAUCGACUGACAGGAUGACAAAAGCAAUGGUUCUGUUUUCGGUGCUGCUCCUGGGUUGGACCUGGAGCCUCCAGGGGGUCCAUACGCAGGAUGAUAGCAUGGAACUGAAGGUGAAUGCUGUUGAAGCUGCCUUUAACAAAACAGAGGUUUGUGUGCUAGCUCCAGAAACAGGUUUAUGCAGAGCGUUUGUAGAACGUUACUUCUACAACUCCACCUCAAAGAACUGUAAAAUCUUCAUCUAUGGAGGUUGUCAGGGCAACCAGAACAACUUUUUGACUGAGAGAGACUGCCUGCAUAGUUGUCACACUGAAGAGGUUUGUGUGCUUGGUCCAGAAACAGGUCCAUGCAAGGAAUUAGACCAUUACUUCUACAACUCCACCUCAAUGAACUGUGAAAUCUUCACCUAUGGAGGCUGUGACGGCAACCAGAACAACUUUGUGACUGAGAGUGACUGCCUGCAUAGUUGUCACACUGAAGAGGUUUGUGUGCUUGGUCCAGAAACAGGUCCAUGCAAGGAAUUUUUAGACCAUUACUUCUACAACUCCACCUCAAUGAACUGUGAAAUCUUCACCUAUGGAGGCUGUGACGGCAACCAGAACAACUUUGUGACUGAGAGUGACUGCCUGCAUAGUUGUCACACUGAAGAAGAGCCCACAUUAAAACCAAAACUUGUGAGAAUUGCUGAGAUCCUGUUUGAAGACACAUCAACAGGAUAGCUUGUUUCAAGAAGGAGAACCUGAGUGAGAUGAGGAGCGACACUGCUGACAAUCUACACCUUUAAAGAAAUACAAUUAGAGGCAUUACAAAUGGAAAACAAUAAAUACAUUAUUGUUUUUUGUUGAAGCACUUAAAGAACAUGAUAUGACAAAGAUGAUCAAUAAAGCAACUCUUUACUUGACUUUGAA